AUGAUAAAAUCGAAUUGUUAAUAAUUGAAAUAAUCAGAAAUUUCUAAAAUUUUAGGAUUACUUCAAAAAAAUAGACCUCAUUUAGAAAUAUUUGAAGAAUCUAUUUAUUAAAGACUGCUAAAACCAUAUUCUGAUUUAGUAUUAUAAAUUUUGAAUUCCUACUUUUUGGAGGAUUAAGAGUUAUUAUAUGUCAUCGAGUAUGAAUUCUUUGAUUAUUCUACAGAUUAGAUAGCUUUAUAACUAUUUUAGAAUAAGAAAUAGAAUAAACAAUAAGCUAAAAUAAAAAGCUAAAAUGAUGAGUUGAGAGAUUAUCUAUUCAAAAUCUUUGAAUACCACAAAAGAAUAUUCAAUCCAGUAAUUUUGAUAAAUUAAGUGCAAAUUUCACUUGAAUAAUAAUUAUAUUGCUUUGUGUUCUAAAAAUAAGUUAAUUAAUAUUUUAAUAUUAAAAUUAACAUUAUUGGUUCUGAUCUAAUCAAUGAAAGUUAUGUUGUUUACCAAAGAAAUAAUAAUAAUAAUCUAAAAAUGGAUUGGCCUAAGCUUUUUACAUAAUCAGAAUUCGAUUUUGAAAUAAAAUAAGAAGAUUUACUAAAUCAGAUUAAAAAAUAUAAACCAAUUAUCUAUGAACUUCAUAAAGAAAUAUUAAAAUAAAUUGUCUAAGAUAAAUAGCAAAUAGUAAUUUUCAAGCCAACUAUUUUCAUGGAAGAUCAGAGUUAUUUCGCUUUUAGUGUAAUUGAAGGCCCUUAAAAAUACUAAUUGAUUAUCGAAAGUUUCCAAAGUAAAGAAGAAGCACAAAAAAAAUAUGAAGAAAUUAAUUUUUUUAAAAAUAUGCUGAGAAGCUUUUAAAUGGAAUCAGUGAUCAAAAGCUAUAUUUUAGUGAAUAAUUAAUAAGGAUUUUACAUAAUAAAAGAAUUAGAGGAGAAUAUAUAUAAUAUUGAUGACGAAAAUAUUGCUUUACAUAGUUUAAUAGUUAAUCCAAAUGAAAAUUAAUAUGUUUAAUAAUAUACUGACUUUUUGUAAGAACAAGCUAAGAUAGAAUUUUAUUUAAAAGUAAUUUAGUAAUUGUUAAAUUAUUCUAAGCAUUUAAUUCAAAUGAAUAUUCUCCCUGAAAACUUAAAGCUUACUGAAAGAGCUUCAAUUAUAGUAAAAGAUUUGCCUAAAUAAAAAAAUCUGAAUAGAUAUUGCAUAUCAAGUUCAUUGAAUGUGUUUUAGAUGAAUGAUGUGGUAUAAUUUUUAAAGGAAAAUAAAAAUAUUGAAUUUUGGUCACAAAUGAGUAUUAAUUUAUUUGAAAAAGUAAAUCAAUCUAUCUCUUAAAUUUAUUAAAAAGAAAGCAAUGAAUAAUAAUAAGAAUAUCUCAAACAACUUUUAAUUGAUAAUUUCUUCCAUUUAUAUGCUAGUGGCUUUAGCAAUUAAAAAAUAGAAUAUAUAAAAUAAAUCAUUUUCGACUCAGUUAAUUCCAUUAAAAUUUUAUAAAUGUCUACUAAAGUAAUAGUAAAUUGGUUUUCUAAAUAAGAUUAGGAUUGUAAGUGCUCUUCUUAAAAUUAAAUGGGCAGAAAAGAUUUAUAUUUCACAAUCAUCUUAAGAUACUAUGAUGAAAUUCUUUCUAAAGAAAUAGGAGAAAUAAUUAAUAAUACUUGUAUUUUCUACAAAAAUAUUAGAAUUAUGAAUAAUUUAACUAAAGAUUUACCAAAUUUAACAAAAAUUUCAUACAACAUUGAUAGACCUUAAUGUUAAACAAUUUAAAAAGAAUUAAUAGAAAAUAUUGAUUUUUUUGUUCUUAGAAAUAAACAGUAGCUAAUUGAGUUUUAAAUUUGCACACCUAACAAAUUUAUCUCAUUGCUAUUCAACUAGCUUAAAUAAAAUGGACUAAGUGAUAAUCCUAAUAAUAAUAAAAAUAAUUUGAUUAAUCCUAAAAUAUUAAAAACAAUAAAUUUAUUUUAUAAAUUAAAAUAUCUUGUUGUUUGUUCAUAAUUAUGA